CUUGCAUAAAGAAGAUGAUUAUAAAGAGGACACAUUACACUUUCUCCAAGCGGGGGUUAAACAUUCUGCUCUGUACGUUUACAAAAAUCUUUUCAGAACCGAGCCAAAGAGAGGAGGAACUAAUAUCUACUUGAGAGAUUGCAGCUCAUGGGAGAUGGAAGAAAAUUAUGCCCCAGGAUGUUUCCAUAGCAUAAGCGUACAUUCUUUCAGGACUUAACCUCGGGGGAUAAUAUGUUACAGAGCAAAGGAACAGAUCACAGAGAAAGAUUCUUUUGUGCAACAUUCUUCUUGUUUUCAGCUACAAGCAAAGACCAAUGUUUUCAGACUGCCUCCAACUUCUCUGACAAUGCGAAGCCUUGUUCCGUGUCUUGGUAGAAGACCGAGCAAUCCCACUGGCAAAGGGCAGGUGUGAAAGAUGGCAAGCAGUCUGACUGUUGUCGGUGCCCUCUGGGCUCUCCUCUCAUUCCUCUCGGCAGCUAUUAGCUGCACCAGUUUCUUCAUGCCCUACUGGUUAUUUGGUUCUCAGAUGGGAAAACCAGUUUCCUUCAGCACCUUCCGGAGGUGUACCUACCCUGCUCAUACAGAGGAAAAAAGUCUUGUGAUGGUAGAAGAGUGUGGCAGGUAUGCUAGUUUUAGUGCCAUCCCUAGCCUGUCCUGGCAAAUCAGCACUCUGGUGACCGGUAUUGGUUGUGCUUUGUUACUGCUGGUAUCAUUGUCUGCAGUUCUUGGCUGUUGCAUCGGGGACCUCAUCUCCAGAAUGACUGGCCGGUUGCAUGGAGGAGUGCAGUUUGUUGCAGGACUUCUCAUUAGCUCAGGAUGUGCCCUGUAUCCGUUGGGGUGGAACAGCCCUGAAAUCCAGCAAGCAUGUGGCAACGCAUCCAGUCAGUUCCAAUUAGGUACCUGCAAGUUGGGCUGGGCGUACUACUGCACGGGAGGUGGUGCAGCAGUUUCUAUGCUUAUCUGUACUUGGAUGUCGUGUUUCGCAGGAAAGAGAAAGAAACCAUCUCCGUACUGACAUUCCAUAUCAUUAGAAAGAGAAUGGACUAAGUGAUACAGAUGAUGCAUCUGCCUGUUCCUGGUCUGGAACCCCAAGGAACUGGUUAAUUUGCAAUCACAUGGAUGGCAGGUGAAGACGUGGCCAUGCCAGAUUGUUCUUGGAACCUGCCACAUGUGUUGAUUUGUGCUACGAGCUAGAAGUCAACUUAUUAAAAACAGAAGAAUGGAACAUUAUCACUUGUAACGUGGAAGGACACUCUUACCAAGACGUUUUCAUCUGCAGAGUGAAUAUCAAAUACCAUCUGCACAAAUAUUGCUACAUUUAUCAGAUAGUAAUUAUAGCAUGAUUUAUUUCUUACAAAAAUUAUAGCUGAGCUACACAGAGUAACUGAGAAUAUUUGUGAACUUGGUAAAUACGUUAGAGUUAAAAACGGAGAAUCCAUCCUUAAGACUAGUUAUUCUGAGUUAAUGAAGGAUAAACGGUGGCCGUUAAGCCUACAGAUCAAUUGACAUAACUUCUGAAGGAAUAUGAAUACUAAAUAAGGGACAGAUUCCUUAUUUACCCGGAUAUUUAGAAAAAGCUCUCAAACUCUCCCCCUCUUCAUCCUGUCACAAUCGCUCCCCCUCACGAUCACACUCAUCCCCCAAUCUUGUCACACUCACCACUCCUCUCACCCUGGCACAUUAAUCCUGUAACAUUCACCCCUCACCCUAUAAAACUUACUCACCCCCUAACCCUGUCAAACUUACCCCUCAGGUGAGCAGCAGGUGCAGA